GGGAAGUGAGACAUCCCACUAUCCUGCAAUCGAUAGGGGGAGCCUGCAGUCUGGUCUCAACCCUACCAUUGAGCGGCUGGGCCGGAGGGUGAGGGAGCAGGGGGGUCGUAGUGCGCCGUCCCGCACCUGACUCCGACGACGGGAAAAUGGCGGCCUUAGGGUCACCGCUGCGCACUUGGCGAGGCCUUCUACGGGAGUUGCGCUACUUGAACGCGGCCACAGGCCGACCCUAUCGCGACACCGCGGCCUAUCGGUACCUCGUCAAAGCUUUCCGUGCACAUCGGGUCACCAGUGAGAAACUGUGCAGAGCCCAGCAUGAGCUUCAUUUCCAAGCUGCCACCUAUCUCUGCCUGCUACGCAGCAUUCGAGAACACGUGGCCCUUCAUCAGGAAUUUCAUGGCAAGGGUGAGCGCUCAGUGGAGGAGUCUGCUGGCUUAGUGGGUCUCAAGUUGCCCCAGCAGCCUGGAGGGAAGGGCUGGGAGCCAUGAAGGAGAAAUUCCUUGGAUGCUGUCUUCAUGCAAGAGUUUACUAAUUUCUGUCAAUAUGUAUUUAUCAUUAAAUUUUUUAAAAAAAGUU